CUCCUGCGGUCCCCUCAUUCAGGCCGGGCGGAGGGUAUAACGGGUAGAACGGCGACGGUGUUCCUUCAAGGCAAUACUCCGCAGGCAAUGCACACCUCGUCCUUGCAAAAUAUCUCGAAGUCAUACCAGAAACACCUCUCUUAUCGCCCUGUCUCCACGUGGCCGAAAUGAGCUCCCAAAACACCACAGCGACACGACGGCCCAUCCGCAUAGGCAAUGCCUCCGGCGCAAUCGGGGACGGCAUUGACCAGGUCUACCGCCUCGCACGCGACGGCAACGUGGACGCAAUCACGGCCGACUACCUCGCGGAAUUCAAUAUUGCCUGGAAGGCCAUUGAGUUGACUACGCAGCCGGACCUAGGAUACGAGCCCAACUUCCUCGACCAGCUAGCAUGGCAAGAUGGCGCCGCUGCAAAGCUGCUGCGGAGGAAGAGAAUCAAGGUUGCGCAUGAUGGUGGAGCAUUGAACCCCAAAGGGCUUGCUGAAAAAGUUCAUGCCUACUUCUUGAGCUUGGGCAUCGAAGACAUGAGGGUUGCGUGGGUCAGUGGUGAUGAUGUGACAGCGUUGGUCAGAGGGAACAACUUUGGAGCACUAAAACACUUGGAUUUGCGAGGGGUGGAAUUGGAUACUAAGAAAGAAGAGGUUUUAGCCGCCAAUGUGUAUACUGGACAAGCAGGUGUCGUGCGGGCCCUCGAAGCUGGGGCUGACAUUGUCAUCUGCGGGAGGUGUUGUGAUGCCUCUCCGGUCAUGGGUCUAGCGUACUGGUGGCAUAAUUGGAAGUCCACGGACUACGAUGCCAUGGCAGGAAGUCUGAUCGCUGGACAUCUCAUCGAAUGCGGGGCGUAUGUGACGGGAGGGAACUACUGCGGGUUCAAGGAGAUCCCCAACCGCUUCAGUUUCGGAUACCCCAUCGCCGAGAUAUCUGCAAAUGGAUCCGUGGUUAUCACCAUGCCAGACAACAGCAACGGAGCCGUGACCGUGGACACCACCAAGGCACAGCUGCUCUACGAGAUUCAGGGGUCCUUCUAUCUCAACGCCGACGUUAUAGCACGCAUAGACGGUGCUGUAUUGGAACAAGUGGGUAAGAAUAGGGUCAGACUGUCUGGAAUCAAAGGAUCUGCACCGCCUCCGACAUCGAAACUAGCAAUCAGCCUCUUUGGUGGCUGGCAGGCCGAGCUAUCAGCAUACGCUGCAGGGCUGGACACCGAAGAGAAAUUUGGCAUGAUGAAAGAUCAAGUGCGCCGAUAUAUCAACCCGGCUGAGUUUACGACUUUCAGCACGGAGACAUACGGGUCAGUGCCCCAAGAUCCGAAGUCCCAAAAGGAAUGCACAGUGCAGCUUCGGAUUUUUGCUCAGGCAGCGGAGAAGGAAGCUAUCACAGAAUUCAAAAGAGCAAUCCUUUACAAUGGUAUACAGGGAUAUUGCGGAUUGCAUCUGCAUAUGGACUGGAGGACGAUGGAGCCGCGGAUGUAUAUCAAAUACUUUCCAACUCUUGUCCCUCAAGAUGGUACUCCGCUGGCCGUUCAUUUCGUAGGCGAGCCUGGCAAUGUCUUGGAGGUACCCGCAAAGAGGAUCGAGGACUGUGCGGAAGAGGUUCCCGUACAGCCAGACUACGAAGGAAGGCAUCAAGCCGUGAACCUGGCCACCUUCGGGGAAACAGUACGUCGUCCUCUCGGCGAUCUGGUCUUUGGGCGCUCGGGUGACAAGGGUGGAAACGCAAAUGUUGGCAUCUGGGUAAGAGAUACCAAGGCUUGGCCUUGGCUUCAAAGUUUCUUGACCUCAAAGAGGUUGAAGGAGCUCCUGGGCGAUGAUUGGAGUGAGAAGUACUCGGUCGAACGAUGCGAAUUUGAGCAUCUUAUGGCUGUUCAUUUCGUAGUUCGCGGAAUCCUUCAAGACGGUGUCUCUAGCAGCAGCAUCUUGGACGGCUUUGGGAAGAGUUUUGGGGAGUUCAUUAGGGCGCGACAUGUAGAUAUCCCGAAGGUUCUUCUAGAGGUUGAGCAGAGGAGGAGGCAACCUCAAGCACAGCUCUGAGGUCAACCCCAGACAUAGGAG